CGACUGAUCAUUCGCUUCAAUUCGAAGGUUUCGAUUAGACACAAAAGAUCUCUCUCAGGCGGCAAAAACUGAUCUGAAAGAGCAACAUUGAAGACCCCUAAAUGUAGUCAAGGAUGGACUGCGGAGCUGCUGUCGUUGGCUCAUUAUUCUUUUCCAAGGACCAAGGACCAAGGACACACCGGCACCGUCUACGGUACAAGAGACCCCUACCGUACAAGCCAAAACUGAAAGGCAGUCAAGCCUUUUUCUGGCUUCCCCCCAGCAAGCUACCGUACCGGUACCAGAUAGGUUCUGUAAUUAAAAAAGGACGAUUAGUCAGCGGCUGUCCCGCCUUGGAAACUAUCGUUUUGCAGGAGUGAAAGUCUUUUGGCGGUAUCCUAAUCAUACUCAUUUAUUUUUGGCACCACUACGAGUGUUAUUAAUAUCAUCAUCAACAUCAUUAUCCACCAUGGCAGUCCAACAUCGACGAGUGCAAAAUCCGUUUCGACGAGGAGGUCGUGCCGCAUCCUUUGGUGGCAAUCCUCGUGGCGGUGGCUUACCGACGCAUUACGGAGGCAAUGGCUACGGCAGGAAUGUUCACGGGAACCACUCUCCGUUUGCGAGGCUUCGCAAUGUCUGUGCCUUUACGGUACUGGGUGGAUUGGCACUCUACGCCUUUUUGGGAUCCUCCUCGACCUCCACUCCCUCCACGGAUGGCAGCAGCCAUUUGUCCAAUAUCAAGGUGCCACCACCUGCGAGUGGUACUACUGCAAGCAAAGAUAGUAGCAGCAAUCAACAGCAGUAUCAACGGCGAGAUUCCGGCUUAAGAAAUCGAGUGAGUCGAAGCAAAACCGACAGCUACCGCCAUGACGAUACUCCACAGAAUUAUCACCAAAAUCAGGAUUCCAAAGAAGAUGAAACGGCAGCAGUGGAGUAUGAGCAUGGAGGAAGCGAAAAUGGACCGUUGGACAGUGAAUCAUCCAUUGACCACGAGCAAAAUAAUAAGAUUCACCUGGGCGGAGAAGAGGAAACCGAUCCUGAACAUCAUUUCGACAAACAAAGGCCAAAUGGAGGACGUUCGGAAGAUCACGACGGGAUGGCAAGCGAGGAAGAAGAAGGCAUUAAUCAUCAGCAUCAUGAUACCGAAGAUGAGGAUGCCAAUCAGCUCCAUGACACGGAAGAUGAGCAAGAUAAUCAGCAUCAUAAUACCGAAGAUGAGCAAGAUAAUAAUCUACAUCAUGAUACCGAAGAUGAACAAAAUCAUGACAAUUCACACCUCAAUGAAUCAGGAGAAGAAACACAUCAUGAAGAGGGGCGAGAAUCACAGGAUCGCGGUGAGCCUGCUUCCGAAGAAGAGGCAGCUGAAGAGGAGCAUCAUGGCGCUAGUAAGAAUAGUCAAGACCACACCGGUGAUACCGAGGAACAUAGCCAUGAAGAACAGGAGUUUGGCAAUGAAGACGGCACUGGUGACCACUCCAAUGACGAGACUGGAGAGGAACAACGCAAGGAUGAAGACAGUGACAUUGGUGAAAGUGAAUCCGAAAAAGGCGAAGAUUCUGCGGAGGACCAAGACGUGGACUCUGCAGAAGAAUCCGCAGCCACCAACAAUACGUCUUUGGCAAAGGAUGGACUCCUACAACUGGCCAGUGAUGAAACUGAAUCUAGCACCAACACAUCCAAUACCAACGCUACGAUUUCCGUCACCAACAAGACUGAUCAGUCGGUUCUUGUUGGAAAUGUCGCCAACAUCGACACUGCGAAAACCAACUCAAGGCUCGCCACAUUGAACGCAACAGAUACAAACAGCACCAGUCUGCUGUCGUCUUCCGAUGCGUCAUCUCCCAUGACUGGUGCAGAUGCUUCAGAAGAAGCUUCACCAACGAAAGGCAGGAAGGGCGAACAAGUAGCUUUGGGAGAAGCUCCCCUCGAGGCUGCCAGUGAUGGAUCGUUUUCAAAGGGCAAGGAGGUGGAACUAUCUCCAUUGCACGGCCCUUCUAACGAGGGCGAGCUCGAAAUUGCCAGUGAUGGUACAUCUUCGGUUGCGAAAAUGGAGGCUCUCUUGCCGUUGCACGGCCCUGCUAACAAGGGCGAGCUUGCACCAUGGGAAGAAGCGGCAGAUGCCAACAACAAUUUCCAGCCGCUUCACAAGAACGAAGAUUUGAAGAACAAGGAAACGAAGGGGUCACCGAAAAAGCAAAUGAAAAAGAAGAAGGUACCAGGCUGGAAAGAAGCCGAGAUGGAAAUGUUUCAACCAAUCCGCAACGAGGGAGGCGAAAAAAAGAGCAGUGACGAGGAACAUAACGAAUCGCCAGCAGAUUCUACCAGUGAUGCGGCAUUAGAGUCAGUGUCAGUGUUGGGAAAGCAAACCUUGGAAGUUGAUACUACAGAAGAAAAAGUGAGCAAGAAAAUUCAAAGUGCGAAAGGAGGAGCAAGUGCAAAGGCCAAAGGAGGUACGAAAUCAAAAAAGAAGCAACAGAACGAAUCACCAGCAGAUUUUACCAGUGUUGCAGCAUUAGAGUCAGAGUCAGUGCUGGGAAAGCAAACUUUGCAACUUGAUGCCACAGAAGAAAAAACGAGCAAGAAGAAUCAAAGUGCGAAAGGAGGAGCAAGUGCAAAGGCUAAAGGAGGGCAGAGUACGAAAGCAAAAAAGAAGCAACAGAACGAAUCACCAGCGGAUUUUACCAGUGUUGCGGCAUUAGAGUCAGAGUCAGUGUUGGGAAAGCAAACCUUGGAAAUUGAUGCCACAGAAAACAUCAGCAAGAAGAAUCAAAGUGUGAAAGGAGGAGCAAGUGCAAAGGCAAAAGGAGGGCAGAGUACGAAGGCAAAAGAGAAGCAAGGGGACCGGUUGACCCCCGCACCAGCAAGGCAAAAUGCGCGUCUUCAGAAAGACAAAAAGGUCAUGACGAAGGAGAAGCGGUAG